UAAUAGCUUCCUCCUAAAAAGUAGCCAGCUUUUUAUUCACACUUUUUUGCCCUAAAAUGGUAAUUUCUUCGACAACCUUUUACAUGUAAUUCUUAGCGCAAAAGACAACCCGUAAGAUAUUUGGAAAACGAAGGGAGCUGAAUUGGUCCGUAGUAUAAGAAAAAUCUCUCAAUUCACAGACAAUACCGGUUAGCUACGACAAAGGCUGAGCCAGGAAAGUAUUAUGGCCGGUCCAGUAGGAAGGCUCCCGUGCAAUAUUCCUAUUACAUGGUCAAAUAUACAGCACACCUGUAGCAUUUUUGCCUGCCACAAUAGAGGUAACGCCCUUCCCCCUCCGCACUCGCUCUCCUCCAACCUAACAAAUUCCCCCCUUCCCACGAGGUUCGCGCCUCCAGGGCGGAGCAUUCUUGUAGCGCGAGGCCUGGCGGGAGUUGCAGUCUGCGGUUUAUCAAGGGCGCGGUGGCUGCCGGUUGUUGUAGUCGUGUGUCCUCUCCCUAUUUUCUCCAGCGGGCGCCUCGCUCAGUCUGGCGGCGACGGUAUGGCAGCGGGCAGGUCUGUGCGAGCGGCGCGGAGUUGCUUGAGCCCUCUGCUCCAGUUGAAUUACCCUCAGUUCCACUCCAACAGAGGUUUGCUCUUUGCCUUCAGUACUGCUGCACAACAAAAGAGCACAGGGGAUGAUUGUGGUCCAGAAGAUCCUCAGAAUGAAUCUAGACAGAUCUUGAGUGGAAACAAUUUAGAGCACAAGGCCAUCAAGCUAGAAGAACAACUCCGUGUCUUAACAGAACGGUACCAGAGAGCCCUAACAGAUUCUGAAAAUGUCAGGCGGAGGACACAAAAGUUUGUUGAGGAUGCUAAGAUUUUUGGCAUCCAGAGUUUCUGUAGAGAUCUGGUAGAAGUAGCAGAUAUCCUGAAGACAACCUUGGAGAGUGUUGUAGAAGAAGACAAUGACCCAACUCUGACCCUGAAUAAGAUCUGUGAAGGCCUGACUCUUAUAGAAGUCAAACUACAAAGCAUCUUUACUAAGCAUGGCCUGCAAAAAAUGAACCCAAUUGGUGGCAGAUAUGACCCCUAUGAUCAUGAAAUAGUGUGUCAUGUGCCAGCAGAGGAUAUGCAACCAGGCACUGUGGCUUUAGUAACUCUGGAUGGCUAUAAACUUCAUGGCCGCACUAUCAGACAUGCACACGUAGGUGUGGCAGUAGAAUCUCAUGAAUGUGAUGAACCUGCACCUUAGUAAUUGGGAUCCUAAGAACUUACUUCUUUUGUCCACAUCAUUACUGCUGCUUUAUUUAUUAAGCCACACUGGUAUGAUUUUCUGGUCUCUCAGGAUUGGCGUGAUAAUUUGGCCUUCCCUUUCAAGAUGUAGUUAUUGAAUGUUAUUUUUUCCUAUUGUGUAAAGAUUUUUUCAGUUGUUUCACAAAUGUAAGAAGUGCUCUCCCCUUUUCUGUUGUUAAUUUCAAGCCUGCAUUAAAUUCUUCAGUGGUAGAAAGAGAAAAAGGAAUGUAGAAUGCAUUCCAACAAUGCACAGCUUUCCUUUCAUCUUUAUGCCUCAGAGAUCUCCAUCAGAAGAUCUCCUCAACUUUCCAAUCAGAUUUGGGAAGGUGGAAGGCUCCAGGAGAGUAAGAAAUCUGUUCCACUGUCUGAUGGGACAUAGUUGUAUGCAACUCUUAGUAUUUUAAGAAAGGAAAGAAAAUGAGUCAGGGUAGAGCGUGUGGUUUGGAUACAGUUGGUUCCAAGUUUUAUUUCUGGCAUCUUCAGUAAAAAAGACUCUAGCCUGAUAUCCUGGAAAGCUAUAGAUAGUAUUGAGCUAUGUGGACCUAGCUUUGCAUCAGGGAGCUUCCUGUAUUCACUAAAAAUGAUCUGAAUGUUAGAACUCAAUAUUAUGAAUGUUAGAAGUCAAUAGAAGAACAUGAAGAGUUUUGCUAGAUCAGACCAAGGACCCAUAGCAGCAUUUUCCCAGCAUUUUCAUAAGCUGCUUGAUGGCCACCAACUUUUUUCUGUGGGAAGUUGCUGUGUUCUUCUGCUUGUUUUAGUUGUCUUUCUCUUCACCGUUAGCAGCUCCGCAAUACCGGUUUUAAAUGCAGUGACUAGUACUAUAUUCCAGAUGUUACAGCACCACAGAUUUGCAUAAAGAUACUGGGAGCGUUUUAAUUUUCAGUCCCAUUACUAAUAAUCUUGAUUAUAAUUUUUUUCCACUGUUGCUGCAUGCUAGGUUGCCAUUGUCCUCUAGAUAUCUACAGUACACCGAUGAUUGCUUUCCUCUUCAUGCUGAGCCCUGCAGAGUUUAUAUGGAAUGUAGAUGUCUUGCUUCAGUGUUUUAUCACCCUACACUGACUUGCAUUGAAACUUGUUUGCCUUUUUAACACCUAUUCACAAUAUUUUUAUAUUAUUUUAACUGCCUUGAAUCAUCUGAUUUGGCCAUUUCAUUGCUCCUAAAUACUUAGAAACAAAUGACAAAAGAUUGAUCUUUGAGGACUCUACUUACAUUAUAUUGGUCCAUUAUAAGAAAUGGUUAUUCCUGCACUUUGCUUAUUAUUCUCUUAAGCAGUUUUACUCAGGAAUAGACCUAUUGAAAAGUCAGUCAAUAAAAUCCCAUUGAUUUCAAUAGGUCUAUUAAAGGAUGACUAAAUCUGGAUCCUGUUCUCUGAAAGAAGCCUUGCCUCCAAGAGUUAUUUUUAAUUUGCUUAUUAAUCAUACUAUUGUUCCCAUUUCACUUUUCCUAAUCUGUGGUGUACGUUUCAUCUGAGCUUUUUCAGUUUACAGUAACCCAGAGGCACUCUUAUUUGAAUCUCUUCAUUUUUUCCAUUUCUGUUUUUACUCAUGUGAUAUUUGAGAUGUUUUCCUUAAGUAGUGCAGGACUUUUUAAAAUGAUUUUUCACCUUUAAACAUAUAGAAGAUGGUAGUUCUGUGGUUCUUUUACAAUCAGCCAAGUGCAUGUUUUGGAGAAGAUUCUAGGCAGCACUUAACCACUUAAGUCCAAGACUGAGCCUUCCUGCUCAGUCAUUCUGUUCCCAACUGUUCUUGGGCAGUUGUAUUUGGACAUGACCUGAGAAUGCGUGUACCAUGCCUGUGUGGCUUGAAGCUUCAACACUUUUCCUUUGGAAUGCUUUCUCAAUUUGGUUUUAUAUCUCUCAAAAUUGAGAGUGCUUUGGCCAGUAAAAGAAUAUUUUCAGUGCUAAAUUGUUUGUGAAAAUGGAUGCUUAAAUAAUCUUUGUUUUCUUGAACUUUUCAAGAAGCUGCUUUCAAGUGGGGAUAUGAUAUUUAUCUAUCUUACAAGAAUGCUUUGGCUAGUUAAAAAUUGUAAAGCGUUUUGAAGAUGAACAUCUCUUUGGGUAUUGAGUCAUACAGUUGAGUUUAUUAUGCCCAGCCAAAUAAUUUAUGAGACUGUUUUGCUCUAAAUUCACUUUGAAUUUGGUCUUCCACAUUAUGACCUAGCUAUUCCACCAAACCCACAAAUUCUCCAUCCAGGUAUUCCACAUUUCAUAAAAUUGCUUAAUUCAAUAAAAGGUCUUCUAAAUCCAUAGAGUGUUUUAAAGUGGGAAGAGUCAAUACUUAGUAUAAAGCACAUGUCUUGCAUGGAACAGGUCAGUUCAUAACAUUUCAAGUUAAAGAAUCUCAUAACUGUGUUGCGAAAACUCUUCCCUAGGGACUAUGUACUGUACUGUAUCUAACUUCCAAUGACUGGAUUAGAUGAACCAGUGAACAGCAGUAUAAGGAUGAUCCCUGGACUGUUAAUAAUUCUGCAAAAAUCUGCCACAAUUUUCCAGCACAGCUUGACACAUCAUCACCAGUGAUGGAAAAGGCUGAAUAGUAUUGGCCAUUUUUUGUGUGUUUUUUCAGCUUUGAAAUAAUUAAUAUGCAGAUGCUAUUGUGAGCAAUAUUAAUUUAGAAAUGAUUAAUGUCAUAUGUUUUGUGUUUAAUUUAGUCAUUUUUUUAGAAAUAAUAAAACAGUCAUAGAAUCACUGAGUAAGUUCAAUAAAAUUAAUGAUCAAGUCUGAGGAUGUGAGCUU